CUAGAUUAUUUAUCGUAAGUAUUAUUUAUCAUAAGUAAAUAUUUUAGUAAACGUGACAACGUCGCAAAAUCGGAUUGUGUAUAUUUCCAAUAAAAAUGUCAAGACGAUUAGUACAAAAUAGUUAAGUAGUAGAAAACGAGACCAAAGUAGCUGGAAACAUUUCGCAUAUUAUACAAAAUAGUUAGGCGUACUUAGUGAUAAAGAGUGCUGUGAUUCCUGUCAGUGAGAAAACUAAAAAUCCGUACAAUAAACUCAAAAACAUGCCGGAAAAUACGAACAUGCAAAACGGCCACAAGAAAUACACCAGGGUUUGGUGCGAUGGGUGCUACGAUAUGGUGCACUUCGGCCACGCCAAUUCCCUCAGACAGGCGAAGGCUUUGGGCGAUCGCCUGAUCGUCGGCGUCCACACCGACGAGGAGAUCAUGAAGCACAAGGGACCGCCCGUCUUCACCGCGGCGGAGCGCUACAAGAUGGUGCGCGGCAUCAAAUGGGUGGACGAGGUGGUGGAGGGCGCCCCCUACGUCACCAGCUUGGAGACGCUCGACAAGUACGAUUGCGAGUUUUGCGUGCACGGCGACGACAUCACGCUCACCGCCGACGGCGUCGACACCUAUCAUUUGGUCAAGGACGCCGGAAGAUACAGAGAAGUCCAAAGGACUGCCGGCGUAUCGACGACGGAUUUGGUGGGUAGAAUGUUGUUAUUGACUAGGAACCAUUUCAAACAAGGUCAGUAUGAGUACGAUGUUGCCAAAGAGCAUUCAUCGACGAUGGGACAGGAUUCAUUCGCCAGAUCUCCUUGGACAGGUUGUUCCCAGUUCUUGCCGACCACGCAAAAAAUCAUACAAUUCUCCGACGGCAAACCGCCCAAAUCUAGCGAUAGAAUCGUUUACGUGGCGGGCGCGUUCGAUCUAUUCCACGUCGGCCAUUUGGAUUUCCUCGAAAAGGCCAAACAACAGGGCGAUUAUCUGAUCGUCGGUCUGCACACCGAUCCGGUGGUGAACAAGUACAAGGGCACCAAUUAUCCCAUUAUGAAUUUGCACGAGCGCGUGCUGAGCGUGCUGGCUUGCAAAUACGUGAGCGAAGUGGUGAUCGGCGCCCCCUACACCGUCACCAAAGACCUGAUGGAUCAUUUCAAUGUCGAUAUGGUGGUGCACGGCGAGACUCCCGUCAUGGACGAGAACGGAUCCGAUCCCUACCAAUAUCCCAAGAAGGUGGGUAAAUUCAUGACGGUGAAUUCGGGCAACGACAUGACGACGGAGAAGAUCGUCGACAGGAUCAUCAGGAAUCGUUUGGAGUUCGAGAACAGGAACAUGAAGAAGGAGACGAAGGAAUUGGAGGUGUUGAAAUCGUUGGAGGCCCAGCGAAAUGGCGCGUUGCACGCGAACGCCUAAGGAGAAGAAGAUCGCUCGAAAAGGAAACGGAUGAUUAAAUGUAAGGAACUUUUAUAAUGUAUAUGAAGCUUUUAUUUAACGUUUUGGUUUUUUUACGAAACUCUUAUUAUUGUAACCGUUAUAUUAUCAAAUGUAUAUUGAAUUAUUUUUUACAGAACAGUACAUUUUUUUAUUGCAUUAUUAUAUACGCCAUUAUAUUGUUGCUAUAUCAAGAUA